AUGCCGAUAUCCAACACAAACAAGCUCGCCUUCCUCGGCCUCAACAUUCUCCGCCUCAUCUCGCUCGUUACCAUCCUUCUUGUCUUCACCACGCUCGUCAUGGGCCUGAUCGAGGACAUCCGCGACUACCGCGACGACUCGCUGCUCGCCGAAGCGCAGGCCGACGACUGCGCCUAUGUGCCGGGCACGUCGAUCCCCAUGCAGACCUGGGGCAUCUUUUGGGUCGAGCUCCACCGUGCGUUCAUGAUGCUUGCCGUCACUUCUCUUUUCCUGGCCGAGCUCAGCUGGGUUGGCAGCACGAGGUUGGAGCAGCUCGCGCAGGCGUGGGUGCCCGUCCUGAGCCGUAGAAGUGGACUCGCUGCGUUGGGCAGCGUGCACGUCGUCAUUGCAACGUCGAUGCUCAGCCAUUACCUGGACGACUUCCCGCUGGUGGUCAGCUGGAUGCUGUUUGUGGUCGGGGCGUGUUACGUUUGUUUGGGGCUGGCGUUCUACAAGCAUUCGCUCAAGGACGGUCGCAGCCUGAUUGCGAGCCGGCGACAACAGUUUGUGAAGGGCCAAACCACAGCGCACGUGUACCGUAGCUUGGGCGGCGCGGGGAAGGACUACGGCUCGACGAGUACCAGCGCGAAGCAAUCAACCCCGACGUUGCGCCAGCUCUUCAAGCGCAAAGGCAACGGUGCUGCGGGUCAAACACGCAGCAAAGCAGUGUCGAUCAACGAAUCCUUCCCCUCGCUCGAGACCGAGUCGCACAAGCAGGUGCUGGCGGACCGCGCUCGACGUGCCCAACAUAUGCACAAGACCUCCAGUGUCGCCGUCGACAUGACUCACAUCGACGCGAACCGCUCGUCGAUCACGCGCGGCUUCGUGUGGAAUGCACAAGCGGCGGGGAUCGUACACGAACGCGAGUCCGAUUUCGCCGCCUCCCACCACGACGACUGGGAGACAAACCUGUCGCAACGCCGCGAUAGCCAGACCAGCCAUCGCUCGUGCAGCGGCGCUAGUGUCGCCAGCAGCACCAUCCGCAUCGGAGGCUAUACCUCUCGAGAAGCCGCCCUCGCCCGCGAACGCGCUAGACACCGUCGACACGCCGCCGCCUCAGGUCACGGACGCAGCCACCCGCCCCCGGCCAAGAGCACCCGCACCGGCCACAGCACCGCCACCAAAAGGGUGAAUAGCGUCAAGCGACGCAGCCUGGCCCUCGUCAGUAGCACACGCAACCGGCUCAGCGCAGGCACUGCCUCGGCGCUCGCAGCGAGAAGGCGCCACACGCCGCAACGCGGAACACGUGGGAUUCCAAAUGCAGAUCCGAAGAUCGUCGUCGAGUACACGGACGACCCUGCGACCGCUCCACCCGUCCCUCCUCUGCCGGCCUACCAUCAGGCUGCCGGGAAGGACGAAUUUCAAUUACCUGUAGCUAGCUGCUUUGCUGUCGGUGGUAGUGGUACUGGUGGUCGUGUUGCGUAG